UUUUCUCUUUCUUUUGUGGUAAGGGUUCAGAGGUUUCUAGCAAUUCACUCAUGUGCUUGCGAUUUGCUAGACGCCGGAACCCACAUCCUUUAAGCAGCAGAGGAGCACGAAGAUCGUGGGAGCUAAGAACAGGCCGCAGUGCUCCAUAAAGGAUAAUAGUUUCCAGUACACUAUCCCUCACGAUGACUCCUUAAGCGGCUCAUCAUCUGCCUCUUCAUGUGAGCCAGUGAGUGAUUUUCCACCAUCCUUCCGAAAAUCUACCUACUGGAUGAAGAUGAGAAGGGUCAAGCCAGCUGUUGCUUCCCGUGUCGAAGGGUCUGGUGGAAUAUCAACCAAAGGAAAAAGGAAACCCAGGCAGGAAGAAGAUGAAGAUUAUCGAGAAUUUCCUCAGAAGAAGCAUAAGCUUUAUGGGAGGAAGCAACGGCCUAAAACUCAACCUAAUCCCAAAUCCCAGGCUCGUCGUAUUCGGAAGGAACCACCAGUUUAUGCAGCAGGCAGUUUGGAGGAACAAUGGUACUUAGAAAUCGUGGAUAAAGGCAGUGUCUCCUGUCCUACCUGCCAGGCGGUAGGGAGGAAGACAAUAGAGGGCUUAAAGAAACACAUGGAGACGUGCAAACAGGAAAUGUUUACUUGUCAUCAUUGUGGGAAACAGCUUCGUUCACUGGCAGGGAUGAAGUAUCACGUCAUGGCAAAUCAUAAUAGCUUGCCCAUUUUGAAGGCGGCUGGAGAUGAAAUAGACGAGCCAAGUGAGAGGGAACGGCUCCGAACGGUUCUAAAGAGACUGGGAAAGCUCAGGUGCAUGCGUGAGAGCUGUUCUAGUAGCUUCACCAGCAUCAUGGGAUAUCUGUACCAUGUCAGAAAAUGUGGCAAAGGGGCUGCAGAGCUGGAGGAGAUGACCCUGAAAUGUCACCACUGUGGAAAGCCAUAUAAAUCGAAGGCUGGACUUGCGUAUCACCUGAGGUCAGAGCAUGGGCCUAUCUCAUUCUUUCCAGAGUCAGGACAGUCAGAGUGCUUAAAAGAGAUGAGCCUGGAGCCAAAGAGUGGGGGUCGAGUUCAGAGGCGUUCUGCCAAGAUAGCUGUGUACCACCUGCAGGAGCUGGCUUCUGCUGAACUGGCCAAGGAAUGGCCUAAGAGGAAGGUGCUUCAGGAUUUGGUACCUGAUGAUCGGAAGUUAAAAUAUACUCGCCCUGGGCUGCCUACCUUCAGCCAGGAAGUGCUACACAAAUGGAAGUCAGAUAUCAAGAAAUACCAUCGCAUUCAGUGCCCUAACCAGGGUUGUGAAGCGGUCUACAGUAGUGUAUCAGGCCUUAAAGCUCACCUGGGCUCUUGUACCUUG